CGGGCGGCCUGGCGGGAGCCGCUGUCACUUUCCCCUUCACCGGUGGCCAUGGCGGGUCGAGCAGAGCUGGAGCUCGCAGUGAAGGAACAGGGGGAAGUGGUUCGCAAAUUGAAGGCGGACAAAGCCCCUCAGGACCAGUGGUAAUUGCUGACCAGUUUUCUCCUGUUCCUUCAUGCACGAUCCAUCUGGAAACUCCUUCCCCUUGUGACAUUUUUUGGACCUGGCGAAUUCUGCACUCUGGACGGAAUCUGCGGGAAUGAAAAUUUUAACGGGUGGAUUUUAAUGGGGCUUGACUGCUAACAUUGCUUAAUGGGACUUUGAUGAUUAUUGGAUUUGUGGUGCACAUUACCUACAUACGCACCAAACUUGAAAUCAAAAUGAACAAAUUUGGAACAAUCACUGCAAAAUACUGGUCUGGAUUUUUCUGCUACCGGACUCGACUCUCUAACAUGGCUGCACGGGUGAUGUGCUCUCUGCCUAAUGAACAGAUUUCAGAAGAAUUAGCAAAGUUGCUGGAACUGAAAGCUCAGCUUGGAACUAAUGAUGGGAAACCACAGUUUGUCCUCAAAACACCCAAGGGAACCAGGGACUAUAACCCAAAACAAAUGGCUAUCCGUGAGAAAGUCUUCAGCACCAUCAUUAACUGCUUUAAACGCCAUGGAGCUGAGACCAUUGACACACCAGUAUUUGAGCUCAAGGAAACCCUGACUGGAAAAUAUGGCGAAGACUCAAAACUUAUCUAUGACUUAAAGGACCAGGGUGGCGAGCUGUUGUCAUUGCGUUAUGACCUCACAGUUCCUUUUGCCCGUUACUUAGCUAUGAAUAAAAUUACCAAUAUUAAGAGAUAUCACAUUGCUAAAGUGUACCGAAGAGACAAUCCAGCCAUGACCAAGGGCCGUUACAGGGAGUUCUAUCAAUGUGAUUUUGAUAUUGCUGGCCAGUAUGAUCCAAUGAUUCCUGAUGCUGAAUGCCUGAAAAUUGUCCAUGAGAUCUUGAGCGAGCUGCAGUUGGGAGAGUUUCUAAUUAAGGUUAAUGACAGACGUCUCCUUGAUGGGUUGUUUGAAGUGUGCGGAGUGCCAGCUGACAAAUUCCGGACAAUCUGUUCCGCGGUGGAUAAAAUGGACAAGAUGCCAUGGGAAGAUGUGAAGAAUGAGAUGGUUGCAGAAAAGGGGCUUGCACCCGAGACUGCUGACAAGAUUGGAGAAUAUGUUCAGCUUAACGGUAGGACAGAGUUGAUUGACAAGCUGGUACAGGAUGCCAAACUGUCCCAGAACAAGGUGGCUAUGGAAGGCCUGAAUGACAUGAAGCAGCUCUUUGUGUAUCUGACACUCUUUGGUGUUGAAGAUAGGGUUCUCUUUGACCUGAGUUUAGCUCGAGGUUUAGACUACUACACUGGUGUCAUCUAUGAGGCUGUGCUGGCCCAGAGUCAGGCUGACACCCAGGCACAGCAGAACGAACACUCUGAACCAGUUAGUGUUGGCAGCGUGGCUGCUGGAGGGCGGUAUGAUGGCCUCGUUGGAAUGUUUGAUCCCAAAGGUCGGAAAGUGCCGUGCGUGGGAGUCAGCAUUGGGAUUGAAAGGAUAUUCUCCAUUAUGGAGCAGAGAAUAGAGGCCUCAGAUCAGAAAAUUCGUACGACAGAGACGCAGGUUCUUGUUGCCACAGCGCAGAAGAAGCUUCUGGAAGAGAGGAUGAAGUUGGUGGCAGAGCUCUGGAAAUUUGGAAUUAAGGCGGAAAUCACUUACAAGAAGAACCCAAAGCUCCUGAACCAGCUCCAAUACUGUGAGGAGACAGGAAUUCCCCUGGUGGCUAUAAUUGGAGAGCAGGAACUAAAAGAAGGAGUUGUCAAACUUCGGGUUGUUUCUACGAGAGAGGAGGUUGAUGUUGCAAGAGCAAAUCUCAUAGAAGAAAUUGAGAAGAGAACGUGUCGAUCCUAAUGCCUUCAGGAACAUGUGUACAUUGUCUGCUUUUCUUUAAGGCACGUCUUAGAAUCACUUUUACACAUUGGACACUACUACGGGAUACCAUGCUCCAUCAUUAAUCUUGACUACUGCUUGUUAAUGAGCACUGUGAAUGAGAAACUCCCUGAUCUGCUCACAAUAUGCGGCUGAAAGGACACUUCUUACCCUAAUUGGACUUUAAAAUUGGGAUGAAUGAAUGUAUGUACCGUCUUGAUUAUGUUUGAGGAGAACACCUGUCUUUUACAAAGGCAGGGUGCUAGAAUUUGCUGGCCCAGCCAAAUCAAUAAAAAGGCAUGCUGGCAAAA